AUGCCGCGCUCCUUCCUCGUGGACUCGCUGGUGCUGCGCGAGGCGGGCGACAAGAAGGGCGAGGGCAGCCCGCCGCCGCCGCCGCUCUUCCCGUACGCCGUGCACCCGUCGCACCCGCUGCCCGCGCUGCCCGCCGCYGCCUGCACGGCGCGCAAGGCCGGGCUGCUCUGCGUCUGCCCGCUCUGUGUCACCGCCUCGCAGCUGCACCCGCCGCCGCCCGCCAUCCCCCUGCUCAAGGCCUCCUUCCCCCCGUUCGGCUCGCAGUACUGCCCCUCGCCCCUGGCCCGGCAGCAGCACCCCGUCUCGGCCGUCGGUGUGGGGCACGCACCGGCGCUCUACCAGGGCGCCUACCCGCUGCCCGACCCCCGGCAGUUCCACUGCAUCUCCGUGGACAGCACGUCCAGCCAGCUGCCGAGCAGCAAGCGGAUGCGCACCGCCUUCACGAGCACGCAGCUCCUGGAGCUCGAGAGGGAGUUCGCCUCCAACAUGUACCUCUCCCGGCUGCGGCGAAUCGAGAUCGCCACCUACCUGAACCUCUCCGAGAAGCAGGUGAAGAUCUGGUUCCAGAACCGCCGCGUCAAGCACAAGAAGGAAGGCAAAAGCAGCUCGCAUCGAGGCGGGGGCUCUGGCCACAGCUGCAAAUGCUCGUCCCUUUCCAGCACGAAGUGCUCGGAGGACGACGAGGACUUGCGCAUGUCCCCAUCCUCCUCCGGGAAGGACGACAGAGGCCUCGCAGGCAGCCCCUAG